AAACGGAGGGAGAAACAAUUUGUCUGUUUUGGAAAUAUAUUAUAGUAUUUCUUUCUUAAGUACAGAUUUUUAUGAACUGGAAAACGUGCGAACUUGUUCAGAGUCGAAUUGUAAACUCAACCGUUGUUGUGAAGUCGCCUCCUGAACUCCGUCUCGAGCCGACACACCCCUUUCACCUCGAGCCGCUUCAGCAUCAAAGGGGCAGUCUGGUUCAGCGCCUCACCGGGGUCGGAUACCGCGGACAGCUCUCUCUUCAUCACACCGGUUUUACGAGUUUGAAGCAACAAGUUGGACUGGCCGUUUUACGGAACCGCGUUUAACCGCGACUUUUAAUCAUCUUGUGUUCAUAAGAAGCAGAUAUGCGCAUGUCCGAGGUGGACCUGUGGCCCCAGUGGUUCUGGCUUCCUCCGGGGGUGAGCUGGGAGGACCUGGAGCACCUGGGGGCAGACCAGCCUCGACCCCGUGACCUCCUGCUGGCCCUGCCCCUGGCCCUGGCCUUCAUCACGCUCCGCUGUGCUUACGAGAGGGUUGUGGCCCCGCCCCUGGCGAGGUACCUUGGGGUGAGGAACAGGCCCCCCCCUCCCCCCUCUCCCACACUGGAGAACUUCUACACUCAACACAGUAGUCAGCCCUCCCAGAGUGACAUCAUCACUCUAAUGUCCCAAUGUGAUAAGACCAAAAGGCAGGUGGACACAUGGUUCCGUCACCGUAGAAACCAGGACCGACCCAGCCCCGUCAGGAAGUGUGGUGAGGCGUCUUGGAGGUUUUUGUUUUACAUCUCAGCAUUCCUGUCAGGACUGGCUGUUCUGAUCGAUAGGCCCUGGUUCUGGGACCAGACGGAGUGCUGGAAGGGUUAUCCUCUACAGCAUCUAGAGAGAGCCCACUACUGGUACUACCAGCUGGAGCUGGGCUUCUACCUGUCUCUGCUGCUCCGUGUGUCUGUGGACGUCAAGAGGAAGGACUUCAGGGAGCAGGUUCUGCACCACCUGGCCACCAGCUUCCUGCUGGGCUUCUCCUACGUCUCCAACUACGUCCGGGUGGGAACCCUGGUGCUGGUGCUGCACGAUGCCUCUGACGUCGUCCUGGAGUUUGCUAAGAUGCUGCACUAUGGGACGGGCUGGAGGAGGGUGUGUGACGGCCUCUUCAUCAUCUUCGCCGUGACCUUCAUCCUCACACGCCUGCUUGUCUUCCCCCUCUGGAUCAUCCACACCACCCUGGUGGUGUCCAUGCAGCAGUUCCAGCCCUUCGCUGGGUACUACUUCUUCAACGCCUUGCUGCUGCUGCUGCUGGGGCUGCACAUGUUCUGGGCCGUGCUCAUCCUGCGCAUGGCCCACCGGCUGCUGCUGCAGGGAGAGCUGGACAAGGACGAACGCAGUGACGAGGAGAGUGAGGAGGAGGAGACAGACGACAGGGAUGAAGAUGAGGAGGGCCGCUGGGACAGAAGGACUGGAGCCCUGAACUCUAAACUAGCCCAGCUGACCAAUAGCUGCGUCCUAAACAACAUAGCCAAUCACAGGGCAUCUGCUGCCCGCACAAUACGCAAGACAAAAUAGAGGGGUAGGUAGAGGAGGGGUAGGUAGAGGAGGGGUAGGUAGAGGAGGGGUAGGUAGAGGAGGGGUAGGUAGAGGAGGGGUAGGUAGAGGAGGGGUAGGUUGAGGAGGGGUGGCAAGAGGUAGUUGUAGGGUGGCAUCCCAAUGCCACCAUAAAUUAUUAAAACACUGUAGUUUCAUAAUUGGCAAUACAAAUAAUAUCCGUAUUAUUGAAAUAAAUAAAAUAAUGUGAAAAAAGAAAAGCAUGAUGAGAAUGGGGCAAGUUUGACCCUAACCCUAACCCAAGUCUGACCCUAACCCAAGUCUUACCCUAACCGUAACCCAAGUCUGACCCUAACCCUAACCCAAGUCUGACCCUAACCGUAACCCAAGUCUGACCCUAACCCUAACCCAAGUCUGACCCUAACCCUAACCCAAGUCUGACCCUAACCCUAACCCAAGUCUGUUGUUCUGGUGUGGAAGCUGCCCCCUGAUCCACCAAUGUUCAGUUGUGAAAAUAAAAAAGAUUAUAUAUUAUUUAUCCUGUGACAGCAGAGUUUAGACCUGAUGUCAUAACUUUCUUUGCCAGCUGGAACAUGAACACUGUGAUGUCACUUCCUGCUCUUCUGGAUAGUUUAGCGAUGAUGAUGAUGAUGUAAAGUGUCUGUUCAGACCCAACGUUGUUGCAGGUGUUCAGGUGUUCAGGUGUAACUGUAGCUUCUCUCUGAGUCAGAGAAACCAGAAUGAGACACUGUGUUCACUGGGAUGCCUCUGAAACUGUGUCUCAUGUUGAUUAAUGUAAAAUCGAACUUAAAGAAUGUAUGUGUUUCUGAAUGGACCAUAUAUGGUCACAUACUGAAUAAACGAUAGUCUACCUUUG